AUGCGCAGUGUGGUCCCACCACUCCGGUCCCUGAAGCGGAGAGCUGGCGCAUCCCGUCUGGCGCAUCCCGUCACGCGGUUCUCCACACCAAACAACGUCAUCUUCUUUGUGCUCAUGAACGUGACAAGCACCGCUGCUAUGGUCAACGCCAUGGAGAAAGCCCAGGAUGGGGCGUGCGCUGCGCACCACGCUUCAUAUGGGGCACUUUCCCGUUUUGGGCCCCCGUUUUGGGGGACCUCGCAGUCACGCAGUUUCCCACAGGCUGAAUGCGAAUGCGUGCCGCAGAACACGCUCUUGAUCAGCAGAUUGCACUCCCUCGAAGCACACAGGAAGAGCAAUAACAAGGAAGCCUGCAGUGCGCUCCAGCAUCAGCACCUUCAAACGACGACACCCCUACAAGGGAUCAAGCCCUCACGAGACAAAGAGAUCAUGGCAACCUCAAUUUCUGAGGAAGACAAGAACACCCCCAUGUGGGCGGUGUCUCUUGCAUUCGAAUUUACCCCAGACGCUGUCGCCUGGUUGAUCGAUCAAAUCAAGCGUUCCCCAGCCGUGCACUCGACCUUCUUCAGCAAAGUCAGCAACCCCAACAAACCAAACAAACAGGUGGACAGCCUCGCCAUCAUUACGGUCGCCAAGCUGCUGGGCAAG